CACUGAGGAAAGACAUCAAGGAGAGAACUAACCAGAUAUCAAAGAUGCAGUGGAGUCUGUAUCUGCUUAUUCUGAUGGGUCAGUGUUGCUUCUUUACAUGCCGCCUGUAUGAGUACCACUUUAUUGAAGAAAACAAGAGCUGGUAUGAAGCACAGAGAUACUGCAGAGAGAAAUAUACAGACCUGGCCAAAGUGUUUGACAUGACAGACAUGAGCAGACUCCGUAACUCCGCACAGAAUCAAGGAGAAGCCUGGAUUGGACUGAACAAUGCAGGUGGAAACAGGAUGUGGCAUUGGUCUCUGCCAGGAGUGAAAUACAUUCAAAAUGACAGCAGCUGGAAUCAGAGUGGAAGAGCUGAUAGUGAGGCUUAUGGAAACUGUGUGAGGAAAAGAGACAAGCUGGCAGAUGUUUCAUGCAACCAUCCUACAUGGUUCAUCUGCUAUGAUGAAAUGAAGAAAGACAAUAAAACAUAUUAUUUGAUUGAAGAAUUAAAGAACUGGACACAGGCUCAGAGCUACUGCAGAUCCCAUUACACUGACUUGGCCAGUGGACUCGAUCAGGUAGAUGGAGAAGAACUCACGAUGAUGAAGAAAAAGAGAGACCCGAGUAAUGCAUGGAUCGGUCUGUUCAAAGACAGCUGGAGGUGGUCAGAUGGGAAUGAUUCCUCUUUCAGAUACUGGGAUAUGCAGUUAUUCAAUGAUAAACAAAGCAGCAAGACAUGUGCUAUGACUCUGUUAAACAGAUCAGGAAAAUGGAGCUCUGAUGAAUGUGGCAAAGAAAAACCUUUCUUCUGUUAUGAUGAUAAAUUGAUCCUGAUCAAAGAAAACAAGACCUGGGAAGAAGCCUUGAAUUACUGUGAAAACAACUACAAGGGGCUGGUUUCUAUCACCAACCCUGAGGUGCAGGGACGGGUCCAGGAAAAAGCCAAGAAUGCUGACAGUCCCUAUGUUUGGAUCGGACUGAGCUACAAAUGCACUCUGGGAUUAUGGUUGUGGGUCAGUGACUACGUAGUCUGCUAUGACAAGUGGGCCACAGAGGGGAAGACUGAAGGGUGUGACAUGUCUGUAGGCGUGGACAGAGGAGGACAGCAUGAGUGGUUCAGUCGCAGGAAUAAUGAGACGUAUAAUUUCAUUUGUUCCAAACAGUAA